GGAAGAGAGGUGCGCUUUCUUUUUUUGAACCAGCCAACCCUCUAAUGCCCUCGGCCAUCAUGGCCUUGAAACCUGACGAUGCCAGCAGUGGGUUCCAGCACAACAAUGUUGUGGCCUUCAUCAAUGAGAAGAUGGCCGGGCACACAAAAGGCCCUGAGUUCUACCUCGAGAAUAUAGCCCUGUCCUGGGAGGCGGUGGAGAACAAGCUCAGGGACAUCCUAGACGACAACGCGGUGCCCAGUGAGGCCAAAGAUGCCUGUGCCUGGAGCAGCCUGGCCCUAGGUAUGCGCUUUGCCUGCAGGCAGAGCCAGUUACAUGGGUGCAGGGUGCACUGGCUGCAGAACUUCACCAAACUGCAUAAGUCCGCUGCACAGGCCUUGGCCUCAGACCUAAAGGAGCACACAGCACAGCAGGAGAUGGAGCGCAGGGAGGCAGCCUUCAGGCUGCGGCAGACACAAGCAAACCUGGCAGAGAUGCAAAAGGAAAGGGACCUCCUGAGGUGGAAGCUCCUCCGGGCUGAGCUGGAGUCUCCACCGAAGCGGGAGUGGGUCCAGGUCACAGAGGAAUCAGAUCUGGCCACUGCCAGUGGGGCUGAAACAGAAGGAGCACACAAGGAGGAAGAGGAGGCAGGAGCUGCUGCUACUUCUGCUACAGCUGCUGGCACCACAGGAAGAGGAAGAAGAAGACAAAAGGAUGUGGAAGGAACAGAGGCCACCAAGAAGCUGGGCAGAGGCUUUGUGCAACCUCCUGGAGCUGAGGAGCAGAAAAAUUACACCUCUGGUGGGCAGAGGGAGGGAGAUCUCAGGUCAGUGGAAACAACCAUGUUUUAUUUCCCUGGAACCCUCCAGCCUGCAUCCAGAGUCUCACCAUCACCCCUUCCUAUCCAGCUCCCUGCUUCAUUCACAUACUCCUACUCAUGCCCCUCAUCCCCCUUCCCACCUGCGCCCACACCAUCCCCACCAGAAGCAACAUGCACAGCAAGAGCUCCAUCUCCGACAUCUCCCCACUGGAAGCCCUCUGAUGUUAGCUUGUGUUCUGAGGUGGGGUCCCAGGGAACAGACCCUCAAGAAUCCCAAAGAGACAGGAGAGACUCUGAACCCCAUCAGCAGAGAAGACCUCCCAUAUUUCGCAGGCCUGGGGAUUGGGACUGUCCUUGGUGUAAAGCUGUGAAUUUUUCAAGGAGGAAAAUUUGCUUCCGCUGUGGGAGGGGAAUCUGGCUGCAAAGCCCUCAGUAAAUUCAGAAAUGUGAAGUAGAACAGAAA